AUUUUUUUCUUUUUACUCUAAUUCCAUUACGAAAGAAAAGAAAAAUAUUUGGGAGUUGAUAGACCAUUUUCAUGAACAUUUGACAAAUUGUGUAUAAAAGAUCUAGUUUGCAUGUCUGAAACUUCAGUGGCUGAGGAUCCCUUGCUGUAUAUAUUUUUUGAAGACCCCAAUGACUUGAUGGAUGCACGACUCUCUUAUUUUCCUUGUGAAGAUCCCAAUAACCACUAGUUCAAUUUUCCCUUGCUUUUUAAUCUGAUUGUGGAAAAGGAAAACUUCUAAAGCUAAUUUUUUUUGCGAGUUUGGUACAGUUUCUGCUUUCAUUAUGUCGGGCAAAGCAUGAUUGAAAGACAAGGGAAAAUUACUUGUUUGUGAUUUUUAAACCAUAAUUAUUCUUCAUUUCUUUUAUAUGUUUGCUUUUAUUUCUUGUAUGGGUUCUUGAUCCUUAUUUUCUAGUUAUUGAAAAUGUGAACCAAAAGUGAAGUUUUUGUUGGCCAACCAAUAUUUGGAAGUAAAAAUUUCUGGCAUGCAAAAUUGAUUUAAGAUGUUAUGUAGAAACUUAACUAGUUUACUUUCUUUGUCAUGAUUUGAGUACUUUGACGUGUCAUAUCACUACUGGAAAACGCGGUAUUUUUGACAAAAAUACUGUCGAUAAUAGCAGAUAUUGUCGGUUACGUUAUAACCAACAGAUAUAAGCGACAGGAUAAAUUGUCAAAAAAAUGAACGUCGAAAAUUGAUAUAAUGGACAAAUGUAAUUUCAGUCGGUUGAGUUUCAUAAACAACAGUUGAAGUUGCCGGUUAUGAUUAUAAUCGACAGAAACCUCCCUGUUGAUUAUGUUUGGAAACUAUAGAGUUUAAUCGAUAGAUAAUUUGUUGUCGAAGGUAUCCAUAAUUGAUAGAAAAUUGCUGUGGAUUAUAUGAAAAAUCGACAACUACAGUCUGUCAAUUAUGUUUGUGUUUACACCAUAAAUUGCAAAAUUUUAA